UUUGUCGAAGGUUGCUCAUUGUGUUGUCGACAAGAAUGUUAAACAGUGAGAGUUUAAGGAGCGUGAGAACGAUGAAGAUGUGAGGCAGACGUUGCUAAGUUGUACUUAUAACUUGUGUGAAUAUCAACUUUUUUUUUGUUAUAACGUGUUAGUGGAGUGGAAGAAAGAAAGGCUUGCCUAUCUGCAAGCGGGUGCGUUUGUUUACUUCGCGACGAAGCGUUAACUAUAGUCCGACCAACACGUCUGCUGCGUCAGUGUUUGUGUUAAGUGAUUUGGAAGGACGAUAAGGACCGAUCCCUGCAGGAAAUAGUGUCGUAAAAAGUGUGUCUAUGGCGUGCACGUACGAUUUUGAUGACGCUUGGUCACGCUACUGAAAUAGCUCGAGCUGUUUAUAACCGUGCGUCAUAAUACAUCUGGCACCGCGGCAUUCCAGAGCAAACAUGACAACUGCCAAAGGUCCUGGAUUGUACGAGUUCCUCAUCGAAGCGGAACUUCAGCAAUACUAUGCCGGUAUCAAGAACGAUCUCAAGGUGCAGAAUGUGCCACAACUCAAGUACGUCACCGAGGACGACCUGCACAGCAUCGGGAUGUCGCGGCCAGAAGUCCGGCGCCUCAACAAGUACUUCCAGAAGCACUUUCCACAGAACUACCUCUCAAAGCUCAAAAAGAUGAUCCUGCCGGGCAGCCGUCGGGGCGACGAGCAGCAGGUGGCGUCGAUGGUGGCGAUGCUGCCGGACGAGGGGCCCGACAAGCCGGCGGUGCGCGUCCCCAACAAGCACAUCAUCCCCGCAGAGGCCAUCAUCGUCAACAAGGAGCUCGGCUCGGGGGAGUUCGGCGUCGUGCAGCAGGGCGUCUGGACCAACGACGGCGAGAGGAUCCAGGUUGCCAUCAAGUGCCUUAGCCGUGAGAGGAUGCAGAACAACCCGAUUGAGUUCCUGAAGGAAGCCGGCAUCAUGCAUUCCAUAGACCACGAGCACAUCGUUCGUCUCUACGGGGUGGUCCUCGACACGGGAGCUCUGAUGCUGGUGACGGAGCUGGCUCCGCUGCGCUCGCUGCUGGAGUGCCUGAAGGAGCCGUCGCUGAGGCCCAGCUUCCCCGUGCUGACGCUGUGCGACUUUGCCGUGCAGAUCUGCGACGGCAUGCAGUACCUCGAGGCCAAGCGGCUCAUCCACAGGGACCUUGCAGCACGUAACAUCCUAGUGUUCUCGAAGAACAAGGUGAAGAUUUCAGACUUUGGCCUCUCGAGGGCGCUGGGUGUGGGAAAGGAUUACUACCAAACCAACUUCAAUGUCAACCUCAAGCUGCCUAUUGCAUGGUGCGCCCCAGAAUGCAUCAGCUAUCUGCGCUUCACGUCCGCUUCGGAUGUGUGGGCGUACGGCGUGACUCUGUGGGAGAUCUUCAGUUACGGCUUCCAGCCGUGGGCCGCGCUCACCGGCCAUCAGAUCCUCGAGGCCAUUGACGAACCAAAUUUCCAGCGCCUCGAACAGCCGGACUGCUGCCCUAAGGAGUACUUCAACGUGAUGCUCAAGUGCUGGCAGCACGACCCCGGCAAGCGGCCCAGGUUCGCCGACCUCAUGGAGCUGCUGCCCGAGUGCAAACCGGAGCAGGUCCAAGCCGUCCAAGACUGCUGCGAGGAGCCUGCAAAGGCCAAGAGGGAGCAGCUGCUGUACCGCGUGGGUGACGUCAUCACCGUGCUCGACAAGGGGCCGAUCCCGAAUGUGUCGGGAUGCUGGAAAGGUGUCCUGAACAGUGGCAAGACGGGCCUCUUCAACCCGGCGCACACGGUCGCCUACCUGGGCUCGAACCUGCCUGCAGCGCCCGGCGGAAAGCCCGGGGAGUUCGUCCGAGGAGACAGCGUCAGGUCCCUCAGGUCGUCGACAUCCGGUAAAAUGUCAGACGGGAAGAACCCAUACUCGUCCCGCCGGAGGCUGCGCCCGGAGAUGAUAUCGCGGCCACAAGGCGACCUGAAGCACACCGGCCACGUGGGGCUGGACGGCUCCUACUUCGGGGACAUGUCCUUCCUCGGUGGCAAGCAAUACCAGCACCUGCCACACCAGGUGGUGGCGCCCUACAAACCGCAGGAGGACUCGGAGCCCGCGGGUCGAGCCCCGGGGCAGGACCAGUCGGAUCGCGCUCCGCUGCUCAAGCCGGUCCCCCAGAAGAUGGCAGACUGUGACGUGGCGCCAAAGAGCAAGGUGCAGCUGGUGACAGACCACGAGUACCACGAGAUCAGUGACGAGGAGAGCCUGCCGCCCCCGGCCGACAGCCCCUGCUUUGAGAAGUCGUUUGACCUCGGGCCGAGCCUGCUGGACGAGAUGGAGUCGAUGAUCCGUGGACUCGGCAGCUCCGGUUCCGGCGCCGGCUCUGGCGCGUCCACGCCACCCCCUCCCUCCCCACUGGACGAGACGACCAACGUCCGCAACGAGCUGCGCGAGAUCGCCGCCAAGGUCACGUCGACCACCGGCCGCAAGAAGCAGGCUACGGUGAAGCCCAUCUCGGCAUCGGACGAGAAGACUCUGGACAGUGCGAUCGCGAUGGCGCACGAGCUCGCCGCGCGCUCCAUGUCGGAGCUGGACAGCGGCGGGGGGAGCCCCCCGGAGUCACCCCACACUCCGGCUGGAGGGCGACGCAAAUUUUCGUUCCGCUUCCCUGCCCCCUCCGCCUCCUCCCUGUCCGGUGGCGGCGGGGGUGAUGGCGGCGGUACCGGCACGACGGGGCGUGGCCGCCGUCACGAGGUGCGGCGCACCUUCUCCGAGGAGGCGGCGUCCAUCCCGGACAUUCAGUCGUCUCUGACGGAGGAGGCGCGUGCCGCCUACACGACGCUGGUGGAGGCUCCCGCUGCGGCAGUAACUGUGCCGGUGCCGGGCGUGGCGAGCGCGGUCUCCGGCGAUGCCGGUUCCAACCCGCUGCGGCUGCUGCGGUCGGGGCCGCUGCCGGUGGCCGUGCGGCGCCCGCGGGGGGCGCAGCAGCCGCAGCCGCUGCCGGCGCCCAGGGCCCUCGGGGCGCCGCCUCCGCCCCCCGCGCAGGGCAGACCUCGUAGCAGGGAGACUGGCUCGGAGGACGAGGGACCGUCGCCAAGCCCGACGUCCAGCGACGGAGCCAACCCGAUCCCACUCCCGCCGCGCGACCGUUCGCGGCCUCCCGCACCUUCCAAGCCGCGCCACCAGCGGAAGCACCCGCUCAUCAUCCCCGGUGGGGGCGUGUCGCGGACGCUGGCACGCCUCGGCAGUGUCGACUCCGACGAGGGGGCGGACGAUCGCGACCGACUGUCGCCGCAGCUACAACGGCGGGGCCACUCGCCGCCCCCGCGGCUCGACGAAGCGGAGGAGGAGGAGGGCGGUGACACGUCGGAGCCACCUCGGAACGGGCAGGUGGCGACAGAGACGACGGCCGACGCUGAUAGGACGGGCAGCCCCUGUGACGGGGACGACAGCUUCGAGAGGCACAUUGCGGACGAGCUGGAGGCGUUGGACGCAAUGGAGGAGGAGCCGGGGGUGGGCGCGGGAGCGGGCCCACGGCCGGACGGCCAUGCCGUCUCGUGCGAGGACCUGCUGGAGUUCGCGUCGCCGCGGACGGCGGGCCCGAGGCGCGGCGCCGACUCCGACGAAGUCCGUAUCAUGCGGAAAGUCCUCGGCCCCGAGGGUAAGAGUGAGAGCGGCAGCGACAGUGACAGCCGGAGCAGCAGCAUCAGCAUCACCUUCAGCACCGGCAGCUCGGACGAGGACGGCACGCGAGGCGGCGUCCGCGGGGGGGAGGGCCGCAGCCGCAGCAGCUACGCCGCGGGCGCGGGCACUGCCGCGAGCUCCGACCCUCUGCCUCCCUGCAUCCAGCCCUGGGAGGUGGAGGAGGACGGCAUCUGGGCGGCGGGCCCGGCGGAGCUGUGCGUGUCGGCGCUGGAGGCGGCAGGCUGGGACGUGCACCGCGCCAUCAAGCUGCGCCGCCUGCACGCGCUGCUCCUGCACCACCGCGGGGGCGGCGGCGAGGGGGAGGGAAAAUUGUGUGCCAAGUUACAGAACAAAGUAGUGCUCGAGCAUAUGCAUUUCGACUACCAGGUAAUGGGAAUGACCGAGCUAUUGGAGCCGCAAGAGGGUCAGCCGUGUUCUUCAUUGUAG